AUGAACGCACUCCGAACUGCCCUCUCCCGCAGCAGACUCCCUUUGCUCAGAUCCAGCGCCGUUAUUACCGCCAAACCCAUCACCGCCGCACACCGCCGCCCCUUCGCCUCCACCACACCCGCCGCCACAGCCACAGCCGCCAUGUCCAAGCUCUCCGCCGACACCGUGCUCGAGCACGUCCGCAACCGCCGCACCUACUACGGCCUGACCAAGUCCCUCGGCGACCUGACGCCCGCCCGCGUCGAGGAGAUCGUCAAGGAGUCGCUCAAGCACGUGCCGUCCUCCUUCAACUCGCAGUCGAACCGCGUCGUCGUGCUCUUCGGCGCCCACCACGACAAGCUCUGGGACCUGACGGCCGAGACGCUGCGCGCCAUCGUCCCCGCCGAGCAGUGGCCGUCGACGGAGCAGCGCAUCGCCGGCUUCAAGGCCGGCGCCGCGUCGGUCCUCUUCUUCGAGGACGACGCCGUCGUCAGGCACAUGCAGGAGCAGUUCGCCAUCUACGCCGACCGCUUCGCGCCCUGGGCCGGCCACUCCAGCGCCAUGCUCCAGCUCGUCGUCUGGACGGCGCUCGAGGCCGAAGGGCUCGGCGCCAACCUGCAGCACUACAACCCGCUCAUCGACGACAAGGUCCGCAAGGAGUGGGAGGUGCCCGAGACCUGGCGCCUGACGGCGCAGCUCGUCGUCGGCGCGCGCAACGGCGGGCCCGGCGCCCCCGGCCAGGAGAAGACCUUCAAGCCCUUCUCCGAGACGUACAAGAGCUACGGCGCCUGA